GUUUAAAAGCUUAAACAUUAACUUCCCACUUUAAUUACUUCCAUUAUCACACAUUUAAACAAUAAAAACUUUUAAUUGAAUUUUGAAUUUCCCAUUUUCAAUCCUCUCUCUCUCACUCUGUCCUCAAUCCCAAACGAAUUGAAGUUUAAAAGCAGUCAGUUCCAACCUUCCUUCUGGUUCAACUUCCUCUCUAUCUCUCCCUUCACUGAACCACUGUUUCUUCUCAUUCAUCACCAACCAGAAAUGAAAACCAUAGAUAUCUUCUGUGCAUCACAGGCCUCCACAGCCAUAUGUCUCAGCACGGAUCAACCCUCCUCCUCCUCCUCCUCCAUCUCCUCCUCUUCCAACACCAUCCAAUUUGGUGGCAGAGCCAUUGACCGCCACAACCCCAUCAUCACAGAUCCUAAAAGAACCCCUUCCAGAGACUUCACCGCUCCCAGUUCUUCCUCUCAGCCACCACCACUCACAGACCCCAAACCUUCCCAUGAUCCCCAUAAGGCCAAGAAAAACACCAUUCCAAAACCAGGUGAGAGGAAAAAGAAAAAAGCAACAAAGGGUCAUGAUGAUGAGAAGAAGAAGAAGAAAUGUGAAGCUGCAGCAGAAAAGAUAACUGAACACAUCACCAACAAUUUCUCUUGUAAACCAAUUGACAGUGUUCUGAGGAGGAGCUGGGUUAAGCCACCUUCUGAUUUGAAUACACCUCCUGGUUCUUCAAGAUAUUUGCUUGGUGGCUCUGCAGCUUCCUUUGAUUUUGACCCUGUUCUGGCUUUAACCAAAGUUGAUAACAAAAAAGCUGAAGUUGUUCAUGGAGAUGAAACCAAUCAUUCGUCUAAACGCUCUGGCUCCUCUGUUCCAAAAUCUGCUUCCUCAGACCAGGUUGUGGUCUUGAGGGUUUCUCUGCACUGCAAAGGUUGUGAAGGGAAAGUGAGAAAACACCUCUCUAGAAUGCAAGGUGUUACAUCCUUCAAUAUAGACUUUGCUGCAAAGAAGGUUACAGUAGUUGGCGAUGUGACUCCAUUGAGUGUAUUGGCAAGCAUAUCAAAGGUGAAGAAUGCUCAAUUUUGGCCACUAUCUGCUUCAGCAAUUGGAUCAGGUGCCACAGAAAUUAAGAAAACAAAUUUGAUCUAAUUGAAGAGGGAAUUAAAGUAGACUACUGGUUGUUGUAUGCUUUGAGUCUGAAUUAGGUAGUGAUUUAACUUUGUAAAUGUGAAUUUAGCAUGUUGAGCCGUGGAUUUGAAGAGAGAUUAGUUUAUUUAGAAAGGAACCUUAUCUGUUUUCUAAACAACUGAAGAAAAAAAAAAAAAAAACAACGAAUAAUUUUGUGCCACAA